AGGACAUUAAUAGUAAUUUUUCUCCGUGUAAGAAAGAAAAGAGGACGCCAUGUCAAAGAAGAAAGGCCUCAGUCUGGAGGAGAAGCGCACUCGAAUGAUGGAGAUAUUCUUUGAGACGAAAGAUGUGUUUCAACUAAAGGACAUAGAAAAGAUCGCUCCAAAGACCAAAGGAAUCACGCCCAUGUCCGUGAAGGAGGUGCUGCAAAGCCUGGUGGACGACAACAUGGUGGACUGCGAGAGGGUGGGCACCUCCAACUACUACUGGGCGUUCCCCAGCAAGGCCCUUCACGCCAGGAAGCGCAAACUGGACGAGCUGGAGAAACAGCAUUCUGAUGGGAAACAGCGCAAAGCAGCCCUACAGCAGGCUGUUGAAAAGGCCAGAGAGGGACGUCAAGACACCGAGGAGAGGGCCACGCUACAGAAGGAGCUCCAGUCUCUGAGGGAACAGAGAGCCCACCUGAAAGCCGAGUUGGACAAGUAUAGGGAGUGUGAUCCGGAGGUGGUGGAGGAGAUACGGAAGUCCAAUAAAACUGCAAAGGAAGCCGUCAACAGAUGGACAGACAACGUGUUUGCCAUCAAGUCCUGGGCCAAGAGGAAGUUUGGGUUCGAGGACAGCCGCAUCAAUAAAGCCUUUGGAGUCCCAGAGGAGUUUGAUUACAUAGACUGACACAU